AUGGACACUGGCACUUACCCUAGUGAGUGGAAAACUAGCUUCAUAAUUCCACAUUACAAAUCUGGUGAUAGGGCAAACGUCCGCAAUUACAGACCCAUAAAUAUAACCCCAGUUAUCUCACGAAUCAUGGAGAAAGUUGUAAAAGAUCAAUUGUCAGACUACCUAAUUAGGGAAGAUCUUGUUACAAGGUCUCAACACGGAUUUCUCAAAAAUAGAUCCUGCGUUACUUGCCACUUCGACUUUUUCAACUGCAUCACUAGUAGUCGCGAAGCACGUAAGCUAGUCGUUGUUCUAUACUUCGAUAUAUCUAGGGCAUUUGACAUGGUAUCUCACAGUAUUCUCUUUGAGAAGCUGUACUCUUGUGGAAUUCGCAACCCAUUACUGAACUGGUUAAAAUCAUUUCUAAGCAACAGGGUACAAAUAACCAAAGUUGGAUCUGUAUUGUCUCAUCCUAGGCAGAUCUCAAGUGGGGUCGUGCAAGGUAGUGUCCUAGGUCCACUUUUAUUCACAGUCUACAUUAACAGCAUUUGCAAGUGCUUCACCUCAGGUAAACCAUUCCUAUAUGCUGACGACCUCAAAGUCGUCUACUCCUGCUACACUCAUGAAUUAAGCGAUAUGGUUACUAAAAUACAUCUUGAACUAAGUAGCCUUGCAACGUGGUGUGCUGAAUCCUGUCUAAAUUUUAACAUUGACAAAUGCGGCUGGAUUUGUAUCGGCAACAGUAAGCUUGAUCUAACUCUUGAAAUAAAUGGGCGAAAACUAGCUAAGCUCAACUCAGUCGUAGAUCUCGGUAUUAGAUACUCUAGUAACCUAACGUUCGCUGAACAGACUGAUUAUGCCAGACGUAAAACGCGAAGGCUGAUAGGAUGCAUAACACGCAAUUUCUUUUGUUGUGAAACUAGGGUUUUAUUAUACAAAGUAUGUGUCCGACCUAUCUUAGAAUACUGCCCGUUUAUUCUUAGCGGACUCAGACAAAAUGACAAGCUUAAAUUAGAGGGAGUGCAACGGCAGUUUACCUCAAGAACUCUUGGUUUAGAAAGUGGUCUGGAAUACCAUGAGCGAUGCGAAAGACUAAGAUUAGAACCCCUCUGGAAAAGACGCCUUAAGCUAAACCUUAUCUUUUACUAUAAGCUAACUAAUCUUCUCUUGCAUUCCUCCGAGCCAAUAACUAAACCUACCGCUGUCAUCAGUUACAAUCUUAGAAAUCAUCACAACCUAGCUGCUAUGGAGCACUGUCAGACUUACGUGCGGUACAACUUCUUCUUAAAUAAGUUUUCAGUCAUUUGGAAUAGACUACCAGCUAAUGUGCGCGAUGCAAACACACUUCCAGUGUUCAUCUCCUCAGUCACCAGACUGCUCAAAGAUGACAAUGCACUUUUGCGCCUGACUCUUACACCUUCUUUUUCACCCUACAUAGAUAUUUUAAGUUCUUUAAAC